AUAAUCCUCAAACACAUCAGAUUUUUAAAAACAUGCUGAAGAGGCCGAUGUAGCUGCUCAGUUUUUAUUAAAGCUAAUUCUUCAUGCCUGACAUCCUAUUGGGUGUGUGCAGAGCCGAGACCGUCACUCACAGUCCUGAUCAGAGGACCAUCAGGAAGUCACACCUGGACUCUACAGCACCACCUGCAGCCCAGAGAAGGAAGAACGACGACCACUCAGGUGACACAGCUCAAUGAUCUUAAACUACACAUAAUCAGCAAACAUUGUUCCCUGAGCACAGCGGUGCAGCCCAGGUGGAUGCUGGGAUACAGCAUGGUGUCAAACAUCAGCUGUUGUCUGAAUCCAUGGAUCGAGUUUUCACAGUCAAAGCGGACCUGAGCAUUCCAGAUCUGCACGAGACCAUUUCAAAGGAGAUGCAGAAGCAGCUGGAGUCAGUGCGAGCAGCUUUCAAAAGGUGCAGACAGGUUGAGGCCUGGCCGCAGGUGAGCGAGAAGCCGGUUGACAUGACGACCUGCAGGACGCCGCCACCUGUCACCAAGUUUCAGACGGCGAGAGUCUUCCUGUCCCACCUCGGCCUGCUGACACCUGAAACCCUGAAGGAUUCAGGUACCAGCGGUGUCCUACCUGAGCUGGUGUCUCUGGACUCGUCUCUUCCAGGUUUCUCUGAGGAUCUGAGACGAUUGGACCAGCUGCCGUCCAGAAACUGUGACUCCGCCUUCGUCUUCUACGUGAGAGCGGGACAGAGGACGGCUGCUGAGAUCCUGAACAACGUGGAGUCCAGCAGCAGCGUCUCGUCUCACUUCCUGGAGUUCCUGUCGUCUCUGGGUUGGCCAGUGGAGGCAGGGCGUCGACAGGUGUUCAAAGUAAACAGAGCAGGAUUCCCUGCUGUGCUCGCUGACAGUGGAGGAAGCGUUUUUAACGGAGAGAAGUUUGUUAUGAUGUACGUCGACGCGCUGACAGAAAUCACCUUCAUCGUCCCGUCAUCAUCAUCACACGUGAUUGGUCGGUCAAAGAGUCCAGGCGCUGCAGAGCCAACGACUGAGAGCCACUUAAAGCUGCAGAGUCCUUUUGUGCUGAAUAAAGACUCCGCCCCCAAACCAGCAAGUUCUCCGGUGGACAAAGUGAAGUCUUUCCGUUUUGUCUCAUCGUUUGUCGACUCUGAUUCUAAAAUCGGUAUCGUGUGGAUGGAACGCUUUGAAGACAUCGAGAGUUUCCCUUCGUCUGAUCUGCUGUCAGAGACGAAGACGGAAACAGUGACGAGUUUGUCAAACACUCAACUCAUCUUCAUCCAUCCUCUGAAAUCUGGACUCUACCGGAUCUGUUUCCAUGGAAAUGCCAACAGCAAGUUGAGUCUGGUCAUCCCGUUGGUGAAUGGGAGCGUGGUCAGCAAGCGGUCUCUGGGUUUCCUCGUCAGAGAGACAGUGAUCAACUGUUGCCAUCGGCGACGCUUGGAGACCGACUCCGCCCCUCCUCCGCGACUCCGAAGGAAGCAGAUGAUCAGUGACAUCAUCCUUCGUUACCACAGACGCUGCUCUGAACCCGCCUUCUACUCGGCGCUGUUCCAGGACCCCUGACCACCCUGACCCCGACUUCUACCCCACUGUACGCUGCAACUAUCUGUUACCAUGGCAACAGGACGUUUGAUUUACUGGUGAUAACAGAAAACUGUGUAGUUUCGGAAAUUUGUUGCAUAAAAAAUCGUAACUGUAACUAAAGUUUUGAUGAUGAUGUCACCUGAGUCAUGAUCUCACCUGUGUAUAUAAUAAACAAAAUGUGUGUGUUGAA